CAAACAGUACAGAGGAGUAAUUGAUCAAGAUGGAUGGAUCGAUCAUGUUUUGGUUGUCUCUGUUCCUUUUGGCCUUGCUCGCUGGCGCCGGCGAUGCCGCGGGUGGAAGAGGAGGAGGCGGCGGUGGCGAGAGGCGCGGGGUGUACGUGGUGUACAUGGGCGCCGUGCCGCCGCGGACUUCGCCCAACUUCCUCCACGAGACCCACCUCCGCCUCGUCAGCGGCGUGCUCACCAGGGGGAAGCCGGCGGAGAACGUGGUGGUGCAGCAGUACACGCGCGUCUUCUCCGGCUUCGCGGCGCGGCUGUCGGAGCCCGAGGCCGCCGCGCUCCGCCGCAAGCCCGGCGUCGUCUCUGUGUUCGCGGACCCGGUCUACCACCUCCACACGACCAGGUCAUGGGACUUCCUCCAGCAGCAGACGGCCGUCGUCGUCAAGACCGACCGCGCUCGCCGCCGCCGCAGCUCGCCCGACGCCACCGCCACCGCCACCGCCGUCUCGUCCGCGUCGUCGUCCUCCGCGACGGCCGACACCAUCAUCGGCCUCCUCGACUCCGGCGUCUGGCCCGAGUCCCCGAGCUUCGACGACGCCGGCUUCGGCCCUGUCCCCUCCAGGUGGAAGGGCGUCUGCAUGGCCGGCGACGGCUUCAACUCCUCCAACUGCAACCGGAAGCUGAUCGGAGCAAGGUACUACGAUCUCGGCGUCGGCGAGGUGAAAAAGCGGCCGUCAGCGCGGAGCAGCGGGAGCUCGCCGCGAGACGAGGCCGGGCACGGGACGCACACCUCGUCGACGGCGGCCGGGAACGCGGUGACCGGCGCCUCGUACUACGGCCUCGCGCCGGGGACGGCCAAGGGCGGGUCGGCCGCGUCGAGGGUGGCCAUGUACCGCGUCUGCUCCGACGAGGGGUGCGCCGGGUCGGCGAUCCUCGCCGGCUUCGACGACGCCGUCGCGGACGGCGUGGACGUCAUCUCCGUCUCCCUCGGCGCGUCCCCCUACUUCCGCCCGGAUUUCUCCGAGGACCCCAUCGCCAUCGGCUCCUUCCACGCCGUGGCGAAGGGGGUCAUGGUCGUCUGCUCGGCGGGCAACGCCGGGCCGGACGCCGCCACCGUGGUGAACGCGGCGCCGUGGAUACUGACCGUCGCGGCGAGCACCAUCGACCGCUACUUCGAGUCGGACGUCGUGCUGGGCGGGAACAACACCGCUGUCAAAGGCGGAGCUAUAAACUUCUCCAACUUGGAUAAAUCGCCAAAAUAUCCAUUGAUCACCGGUGAAUCAGCAAAGUCCAGCUCAGUUUCUGAUACCGAGUCAGCGAGUCACUGCGAGCCGGGCACGCUGGAUGCGAGCAAGAUAAAAGGGAAGAUCGUGCUGUGCCACCAUUCGCGGAACAGCGACACGUCCAAGUUGGAGAAGGUCGACGAGCUCAAAAGCGCCGGAGCGGUGGGCUCCGUCCUGGUGGACGACCUGGAGAAGGCCGUCUCCACCGCCUACGUCGACUUCCCGGUGACCGAGAUCACCUCCGCCGCCGCCGCCGACAUCCACAAGUACAUCGCCUCCACCAGCGAGCCUGUGGCGACCAUCACGCCGACGAUCACCUUCACGGAGUACAAGCCGGCGCCGGUCGUCGCCUACUUCUCCUCCAGGGGCCCGUCGGCGCAGACGCCGAACAUCCUCAAGCCGGACGUGGCAGCCCCGGGGGUCAACAUCCUGGCGUCGUGGAUCCCGACGACGACGCUGCCGCCCGGCGAGAAGAAGCCGUCGCAGUUCAACCUGGUCUCGGGGACGUCCAUGGCCUGCCCCCACGUAGCCGGCGCCGCAGCCACCGUCAAGGCGUGGAACCCGACGUGGAGCCCGGCGGCCAUCCGGUCGGCGAUCAUGACGACGGCGACGCAGCUGAACAACGACAAGGCACCGAUGACGACCGACUCGGGGUCGCCGGCGACGCCGUACGACUAUGGCGCCGGGCAGGUGAGCCCGACCGGUGCGCUGGACGCCGGCCUGGUGUACGAGCUCGGGGAGGACGACUACCUCCAGUUCCUCUGCAACUACGGCUACGGCGCGUCCCAGAUCAAGCUGAUCGCGUCCUCACUCCCGGCCGGCUUCACCUGCGCCGGCGCCGGCAACGCCAGCAAGGACCUCAUCUCCGACCUCAACUACCCGUCCAUCGCCGUGACAGGGCUGGGCACCGCCGGCAGCAGGACGGUGAGCCGCGUCGUCACCAACGUCGGCGCGCAGCGAGAGGCGAGCUACGCCGUCACCGUCGCCGCGCCGGCCGGCCUUGACGUGAAGGUGGUGCCCAGCAAGCUGGAGUUCACCGAGAGCGUGCAGAAGCUGGGCUUCCAGGUGACCUUCUCCGUCUCCGGCAAGAACGCGGCAGCCCAAGCCGACCUGUCGGGCUCAAUAACAUGGUCAGAUGGAAAGCACACAGUUCGAAGCCCAUUCGUCGUCAGCAGCUGAGAUCAGUGAGUGUUAAGAGGGGAAAUCACUUGUCAGUCUCGCACAACGCCACAAUCUAUGUACAAUUACCAUAUGACCACGUGCUGCCAUAUAUGCAGCACUUUGGUCAGGCAUUUUCAUGGAAAAAUAUUUAAGGUGAUAAAAGGUGGUGAGUGGUGAUACAGUACCCACACAGAGUAGUUGUUCUAGAUGUUUGGAAUGAUAACUGAAGUAUUUUUAACUACUAGCGCUGGUAAAAUAGCAA